AUGCAAAUAACUGGUUUAUAUAAAGGAAGGGCAAUUAUUAUAAAAGACUCUUACAGUGUUAUAAAUAAGAAGCUUAAACUAUUUCCUGCUAUGUUUAACUUACAAACAGGACCGAAAGAAGUAUUUCCAUAUAACUACUACAGCAGUGUUUUGUUAGCAAAUGACAACAGAACUGGUGUCAUUUCUGAAGCAUGUAAGUUUAUCCAUGAUGCAGAUACAUUUAUGAAGAACAUAGAUUCCAUCAAAGGUUGCAGAAUAGAUGAAAACCACUUCGACUUAGAAAAAUAUAGCACGUUUUACUGCAAACAAGAUGUAAGAAUUUUAAGAGAAGGUUUUGUAAAGUUCCGCAAUGACUUAUUGAAAGAGUUUGAUUUAAACGUUUAUGACUACGUUAGUAUUUGUUCUAUUGCUAACAAAUUGUUUGAGAACAGAGUAUACUUCCCGAAUGGAAAUCUUUAUGACCUCUCAAAUAAACCAAGAGAAUUUAUUUCGAGAUGCAUUCAAGGUGGAAGAUGUAUGUUGUCAGAUAACAUGAAACAAAAGAGCAAAAAGAAACUCAUUGCUGACUUCGACACUGUUUCAUUAUAUCCUUCAGCUAUAGCAAGACUUUAUACUUUAGAAGGAAUUCCAAAAGUAUUGAAGGAUGAGAUGCUAAGCACAGAGUAUCUCAUGAGACAUUUAUUCGAUGAUGACCAAAAGGAACCCAUUGGUGAAAAGUUUAUGUCUGGCUUCUUUGUUCUCAUUAAGAUAACAGAGAUUGGUAUACCCAGACACUUUCAUUUAAUAGUUUGCGACCCUGAACUAAAUCCAGAACUUAACGUUCCAAGAAGUUCAAACACUUGCUGUCUCAUGUAUGUUGACCAUAUAACAUUACAAGACCUCAUAAAAUAUCAAGGUGUCAAAUGUGAAGUGUUGCAAGGAUACUAUUACGAUGGAAACAGAGAUAUGAGAAUAAGAGAUGAAGUAAAGAAGUU